AUGGCUAUGCACUGCUUAGGUCACCACUUCCUCGUGAUGGCAAGCACCUUUUUGGAAGUGCAAGCGCGGGCUGCGGGGGCCCGGGCGCCGCGCGGGCGGGCCCCGCCGGGGGGAGUGCGCCUCCGCCCGCCGCGCGGGGCGCUGCGCCGGGGCCGCGCGGGGGCGCGGGGGCCCGGGGACGGCGCGCUGCGGGGAUCGGGGCGGCCCGCGGGCCCCCGCUGGCGCCGAGCCCCCGGUGCCGCCGGCGCCGCGCGCAAAUUACAUCUGAGCCGUCUUUCAAGCCGCCGGCCGCUUUCAAAACGGGGCUUUGAAAGGCCGGGCUCCCCCGGCUCCGCGCUGGAGGACCGAGCCGGGCUUGUCGGGGAGGCCGGGCCGGCGCGCACGUGCCCGCCUCUGCGGCCCCCGCGCGCGCUGCCAGCGAGCAUGAAAGCAAGGAGACGGUCUGUGAUCCCGCCUUACCGAGGCACCCAAUCUGGGAGGCAAAGAACAGACAGAUACAUGGACCUGUGGUUCUCCCAUUAUCUGAAUCCUGUUCCUGAUGACACAGGUUGGAGCAAAGCCUGCAGUGAGACGAGCCAAAGGCACCAAGCUGGAUGUCCUAGCUGCUGCCUCUCCCUUUACACCACGGUGAAAGCUCUGCCUAUAUGUUUUUAGCUGUGACUUACAUUUGCAGCAGCCUAGCCCUGAUCUCCGUGGCCAUCUUCCUGCUCUACAAUACAGGCCUGUGUUCUCAGCCUUCAACUAUUUCUGUGAGCAUUUCUGUGCUUCCCU